AUGUGGCUCGGGCUACGGAGCGGGAGCCGGAGCACCGGGCACGGCCGGGCUUUAGGACCCGGCGGGGCAAGGCGGCGCCGGUGCCGGUCCCGCCCCGGCCCCAUUGUCUGGACGCGGGGGCGGAGGGACGGGAGGCACCGGCGGCACCGGCACCGGCGGCAGCGGUGGACGCACCGAGCCCCCACGGCCAUGGCCCCGGCGCCCCGGCUGGCGCUGCUGGCCGCCGCCCUGCUCUGCGCCCCGGUGAGAGGUGACAGGGAUCCCCCCGAUCCCGUGUUCCUGCCGGCGGAGCUGAAGAUCCUUGCGGUGCCCGAGUCCUACCGGCUGCAGAGGGUGGAUCAGGAUGUGGCUCCCAACUCUUCUCUGCACACCCGCUCCGAGACAUUCCUGCUGCUUCGUGCUGGAUCCCAGCCCCUGGUCCAGGCCACCUACCCCCCGUUCAGCAUUCGCCAGGAGGUGUCCAUGGAGAGCCCCCCCGGCUCAGAAGCUUGGGCCAUCCGCGCCGUGUCUCUGGAGAGCUCUGUGUCCCUUGCUGAGCCCGUGGCCCGUGUCCUCUUCCAUCUUCAUGGGCCCGACUGGAUGCCUGGGAAACAGGAUCACGCCGGCACCCGGGAUCAUCCCAAGGACUGGGACCACCCUGGGAUCUGGGAUCAUCCUGGGGGUCAGGGUCAUCCCAGGGAUUGGAAUCAUCCCAGGAAGCAGGACCACCCUGGCGAUCGUGACCAACCUGAGCAGCAGGACCACCAUGGAGUCUGGGAUCACCCCAAAGACUGGCACCACCCUGGGAUCCGUGAUCACCCCAAGAACUGGGACCACCCCAAGGAUCAGGACCACCCUAGGAACUGGGAUUCUUCAAGGGAUCGGGAUCGCUUCAGAGCUCGGGAUCUCCCCUGUGUCACCCUACAUGCUCACCACCACGGGCGGGUGGCCCGGGGGACAUGUCACCUGCAGGCCCCAUUGGGUGUGUGCGUGGUGGAGCUGGAGAUCCCUCCACGCUGGUUCUCCCUGGGGUCCCUCCAUUCCCACCGGAGCCACCGGCGGGAUUCCGACGCCUUGGAGACUCUGGAGCGCCCAGAACCAGCUGAGCUGCACUACGGCGUGGGGGAGUGUGGGGGUCGGGAGCGGGAGGCUCCCAGAUUCCUGGGAAUGCUGGAGUUGCGGGCAGGAGAGCCGGAGCGGCGGCAGGAGGUGCAGCUGGAUGAGAAGGUGCUGCUGCGUGUCCCCAAUGUCCCCCUGCGGCCCGGGCAGCACUUCACGGCCACCAUCGUCCUGCGCCACAACUUCACCGCCGACAGCCUGACCCUGAGGAUCAAGGCCAAGAAGGGCCUGCAGGUUAUCUCUGCCCGUCCCACAAUUCCCAGCACUUGGAGCGCCCACCUGGAGCGUUCCCGCGGUCCCAAGCACUCCACAGCCGUGGUGACGUGCCGGCGGCUGGGGGACAUCCCUGCCAUCCCUGACAGCUCCAGGGUGUCUGAGCUGGCCGCGUUCCUGCAUCUGGAUGUGGCGGUGGAAAACGGAACGGGGGGGCUGGCGCCGGCGCGGCCCCUCACAUGGCAGGUGGAGUAUCCCGGCCAGGAUCCUGAAGCACAGAAGGACAAACUGGUCUGGGAAAUCCAGGUAUCGGAGCGAGACGUCCGUGCCCUCGUUCCGCUGGUGCAGGAGCUGGAGAUCCUGAACACGGCGCCGCUGACCGGGAUCCCCCGUGUUAUCCCGGUGAAACUGGUGGCUGUGGAAGCAGGGGGUGGAGUGUCCGAGCUCACGGAUCCAGUGGGAUGUGAAUCCGCUGACAAGCAGGUGCUGCAGGUGUCAGAUUCCUGUGACCAGGUGUUUGUGGGGGGCAAGGAGAGCCGAGGGGCGCGGGGGGUCCGUGUGGAUUUUUGGGUGCGCCGGCUGCGGGCAGAGCUGCGCUUCUCCGUCUGGGCUCCACUGCUCCCGCUCCGUGUCCAGCUGGGAGAUCCCAUCCUGGAGCAGCUCCGUGGCUGGAGACUGCCCGGGGGGCCUGACAGUGCCACGGUGGAGGUCGAGGACCCCGCAGAGGAGCCGGAGCGGCGGGCGCGGAGUUGCCGGCCCCAGUUCCAGCGCACAGGCCUCCGUGUCCUAGCACACUUUGUGGCCCACCCCUUGGAUGGUGGCCGUCACCUGUCCUACCUGCCCGGUCCUGAGUGGCUCCUGGAUGUCACCCACCUGGUGGCCACCCGGACCCGUGUCCAGGACCCCCGUGUGGCCUCACUGGAAGCGGGGGCCGUGGUGGUGGGCCGGGAGCCUGGCGUUACCUCCGUGGAGGUGCGCUCCCCGCUCUCUGACUCCAUCCUGGGGGAGCAGACGCUGGUGGUUUCUGAGGAGAAGGUGAUGGUGACGGAGCUCCAUGCCCAGGUGGUGGCUGGGCUCUCCUUAUCCCUGCGGACACAGCCGGAGCAUCCUGGCGUGGUCACCGCCACUGUCCUGGGGACACCCACACUACAGACCCUCAAGCAGGAAGCGACACUGUCCAUCUGGUUGUCCUUCUCUGACCACACGCUGGCCCCGCUGGAGCUCUACGGGUGGCACGACGUGGCCUUGACCGUGACGUCCCUCGACCGUGCUGUCGCUACUGUCCAGGGGUCCCCUGGGGUCUCUGCUGCCCACCCGUGGGUGGUGGCUGAGGGGCCAGGCCGGGGGCCCCUGCUCCAGCUCAGCCUGCACCCCCCGGAACCUUGCCGGCGUGGCCGGCACCGCGCGGCCGCCCUGGCCACCGGCACCGCCUGGCUCGAGGUGGGAGUCCCCUCUCCCAGGAGUCCCCAGCCCUUCCCGCGGGCUGAGGGUGCCAUGUCGGGGGAAGCGGUGACCGUGGGACAGAGGGACCCCACGGGAGUGGGGCCAGCAGCCACCAAGCUCCAGGGGUCUUCCUCGGAGGAGGAUGAGGAGGAAGGCUAUGGACACAACCGUGUCGGCAUGGAAGAGGAGGAGGAGGAAGAGGAGGAGGAGAUGGUGAAGGCUCCGGAGCGGGUGACUGACCUUGAAAUUGGGAUGUACGUGCUCCUGGGCGUCUUCUGCCUCGCCAUCUUCAUCUUCCUCGUCAACUGCAUCUUCUUCGUGCUCCGGUACCAGCAGAAGGAGCUGCCCGAGCCAGGCGGGGCCCCCUCAGCCCCACAACCCCACAAUUGGGUCUGGCUGGGCACCGACCAGGAAGAGCUGAGCAGGCAGCUGGAUCGGCAGCAGCUGGAUCGGCCACAGCUGGAUCGUCGGCAGCCGGAACCCCCGGCAUCCCCGGGCCCCCCCUGUGGCUGCGGGGGCCCCCCAGGUUCCAGUGAGGAUGGGGCUCCCCCCGGCUCCCUGACCCCAGGAGCGCCGCCGCUGUCCCGCAAGGAGGGAUCGGCUCCAGGGGUUGGCCGCAGGAAGAGGGUGGAAUUUGUCACCUUCGCCCCCCCCCGCGUCCCUGAGGAGCCCCCCCCGGCCACCCCUCAUGUCCAGUCCAUCUUGGUGGCCAGCGAGGAUGACAUCCGCUGGGUGUGCGAGGACAUGGGGCUGCGGGAUCCCGAGGAGCUCCGGAGCUACAUGGAGAGGAUCCGCGGCAGCUCCUGACCCCGAGGGGGCUCCUCCCGAACCCAUCCCCCCCCGCAAUUCCCGGGCAAACCAGUAAGGGCCUGACCUCCUUCCCGUGCCGUGCUGGGGGGACACUGACCCCCCCUUACCAGCGGGAUGUGCCGGGGACCACUGGUGGCCUCCUGGGACCACCCCAAGGUGCCACACAGGGUGAGGGGGGGGUCUCCCAGCCCUGUACUUACGGGGGCUGGAUCCCGGCAGCACCGGGGAGGAAUUGGGGAUGCUCUUACUGCUUUGGGUCUCAUUGCGACAUGGUGUUCAUAGUGGUGAUGAUGAUGGUGGUGAUGAUUCCUGUGGUC